ACAUCUUUUUGUCUGAGAACUGGCUCCUCUGGCGCUCUACAGUGUGUGCGAUAGCCUCGGAGCUGCGUCCGUAGCACUGUCAAACCACUCCAAACCAACACAGCCGCGACCAAAAGCACUAAUUCAGCACCUUCAGCCAUGGCGCUUCUAAUCUACCGGUAAAUCGGCCGUGUUUGGGACUGCUCGAGGGAAGUUAUUCCGAGCUUGUAUCGGGUUUUUUUUUUUUUUUUUGCUCGCUGUGUGCAUCAGUCUUUAUUAGCGAGCUGCCGCUCUCCUUGCUACCAUCUAUUUCUUUAACUUUUUAAACCACUCGGCUCGGCGGAUGACUGAGCGCCGGCGGAGUAUGGGAUCCUUGGUGUCUUAGGAAGCGACUGAAGCGGGGUUCGAACGUUUUUGCGUGCAAAAACAAUGGCAAAUUCGACGGGGAAAAAUCUAGAUCAGCGAAGGAAAGGACAGGCUUUCCUGGACGAGCUGCGGCAAUUUCACCAAAGCAGAGGAUCGCCUUUCAAGAAGAUUCCUAUCGUGGGUGGGAAAGAGCUGGAUCUGAGCGCUCUCUAUAUCAGAGUCGUCUCUUUAGGUGGAUUCGCUAAGGUUUCUGAUAAAAACCAGUGGGCCGAACUGGGAGAAGAGUUUAACUUCCCGAGGAGUUGCUCCAACGCAGCCUUCGCUUUAAGACAGUACUACCUGCGAUACUUGGAGAAGUAUGAGAAAGUCCACCACUUUGGCGAGGAUGAUGAAGAAGCGCAGCCGGGGAACCCCAAAGCCUCCCUUCCUGUUGGUGCAAUCCCCAGUUCCUACAACUACCAGCAACAUGUUGUAUCAGACUAUCUCCGCCAAAGUUAUGGACUCGCUACAGAUUUCAUUCAGCCGUGCGACUACAACAAACUGGUGCUCUCGCUCCUCUCCGGCUUACCCAACGAGGUGGACUUUGCUGUUAACGUUUGCACAUUGCUCUCUAACGAAAGCAAGCACUCCAUGCAGCUGGACAAGGACCCCAAACUGGUCACGCUACUGCUCGCUCACGCUGGAGUCUUCGACGACUCUCUGGCCAGCUUCUCUGGAGUGUUUGGGACAGACUGGAAGGAGAAAACCUCAAGAGACUUUGCCAGGUUCUGGAAGGAGGUGGUGGAGGACGCUGAGGUCAGGGAGCUGAUCUGGGACAAGAGCAAUUCAGCAAAAGAUGGUACGUCCCGGGAGGAACACUGGCAGAGCCUCUUCCAUCCGCCGCGGAACCCAGGAACCGGUGACAUGGAGGCCCAGCGGGUGCUGCAGAUCGCCGUCAUCCUGCGAAAUCUCUCCUUCGAGGAGGCCAACGUCAAGCUGCUGGCGGCCAACCGAACGUGCCUGCGCUUCCUGUUGCUCUGCGCCCACUGUAACCUCAUCUCACUCAGACAGCUCGGACUCGACACUCUGGGCAACGUAGCCGCUGAGCUCCAGCUGGAUCCUGUUGAUUUUCGGACGACGCACCUGAUCUUUCAAACUAUAACCAAAUGCUUGAUGUCCAGAGACCGGUUCCUCAAAAUGAGAGCUAUGGAGAUCCUGGGGAAUCUCAGCAAAGCGGAUGAUAACGGUGUGUUGAUCUGUGAGUAUGUGGACCAGGAGUCCUACAGGGAGGUCAUAAUGCUCCUCACUCUGCCGGACCUCAUGCUCCUCAUGGCCUCCUUGGAGGUGCUGUACCUGCUGGCCCAACUGGGAGAAAUUCCCUGCAGCAAGAUCGCUUCGGUGGACCACAGCAUAGACUUGUUGGUGCGGUUAGUAUCGGUGGAUCUGCACACGUUCGGACCGGACGCCCUGACAGCGGUGCGGUUGAUCGAGCAUCAAGCUAACGCCGAUCAGGCCGCCGAGGUCCGACCGCAGUUGGUGGAGCAGGUACCUGCGGCAGUACAGGCGGCUUCAGCACCAGUAACGAGGGCCCCGGUUCAGCCCAAUGUGCCGCCACCUGGCAUUGUCGAACUAGAUGGGGAGAAGUUUACGCUACAGUGGCUAAACGCACACUUUGAGACGAGCCCUGAGGGAACAAUUUCCCGAUCAGAAAUGUACUCUGAGUACCUGGCCACCUGCAGCAAAAUGGGAAGAAGUAACAUCUUGAACUCCACCGGCUUCCUCAAAUGCCUCCGGACGGUGUUUCCCAACCACACCAUGAGGCGGCAGGACGAGGCCAAAUCCAGCAACCAGCUUCAGAUUCUCCUUGUAGGAAUAAGGCGACGAGCGAUCCCUCUCCCCGUCCAGCUGUACUACCAGCAGCCCCAGAACCCGACCGCAGCGCCUCCACCUCCAGCAGCGCGGCAUGAAGCACCUGGAGACCCUCAAGCUCCCCCACCAGGGUUACCGCCAGGACAUCCUAAUCUUGGACCACAGUUUGCUCGGCCCCCAGGUGCCUCAAAGAGCUCUCCGCUUUUGGCGGCAGGUGCCCAGGAAACGUCUCGUGUAAACCCCCCAACUGUUCCCCAUCAUCCGGUGCUGCGGCAGCCGUCCCCCCAGUUACCACCAAACCCUCUGGCGGCGCCGCAGCUUCAGGUCCGGACCGCUCCGCCAGUGCAGACGUCUGCGGCCGCCCAGAAUCACAGCCCGCAGAACCCCACGCCUCCUCCCGUGCCUCCGCAGCAGCACUCCCCCAUGCUCCCCACAGGGACUCCUGUUACCCUCUUUCAGCCAGUACCACCAAGCCACAUCCUCACCGCCAGGGUACAAGGUGUGUGCUCCCCAAUCGCCCAGCAACCACCUCUGCCUCAAACCUUCCCCGUCUCUGGAGUGCCCCAGGUCGACGCCCAGGGUUCCGCUGCAGCUUCAGUACCCUCCUCCACCCAGGGGGGAGGGAAUCCGGCUCAGGGCGUCGGCAGCUCCCAAGGUUCUCGUGUAACAUUUCAGAACAUAGCUCCCAAACCAGCACCAAACCAGUCAGGUGGGCCGACGGCCACGACGGCUCCUCCCAACCAGCAGCCGCCUCAGAGCGUGGUAAUAGUCGGCCCAAACCCUCAGCAGAAUGCAGCCUAUACCCCGGCCAUCCACCAGAUCGUUCUCACCAACCCCUCCACCAUUCCCGGUGCCCAGCCUGUCCAGAUAGGACAGCCCGGAGCAGCUUCCAGCCCCUGCUCGCCUGCUGCCUCUCAAUCAAACGCCCAGGUCCACACACUGACCCCCCAACGGCCUCAUCAGCAGCAGCCGCCGCCGCUUCAAAUCAUUUCCCAAACUCCUCCCACUCAGCCUACCUCCACUGAAUCCAGCUUGAUCAAACAGCUACUGCUUCCAAAGCGAGGGCCUUCGACGCCAGGAGGGAAGUUAAUCCUGCCCGCCCCACAGGUCCCCCCUCCUAACAACACGAUAGCCCCCAAUCCGCAGGUCAUCUACCAGAGCCCCUCCCCUCAGCCGGUCAGUGUGCAGCUGGUCCCAGGCCAGCUUCCCGCUGCAGGAGCUCCUCCCCUCCAGACGGUUCAGCUCCUGCCAGGCCCGCUGAUUUCCACCAGUUCACCUGGUGGAGCCGCCAUCAUUCAGGGUCCCACAGGCGCCGGAGUGACGUUCACUGUGGUCCCAAACACCGGCUUCACCACCUCCACCUCUGCUGUGGCUGCUGUGAGCCAGGGCGUCCCCCAGCCUCCAUUUCCUACUGGAACAGUCCCCCAUCACAUCUCAGCACCACUUCCACCACCACUGCCGGCACCCCUCAGAGGAGACAAGAUCAUUUGUCAGAAGGAGGAAGAGGCCAAGGAUGCCACAGGGCUGCACAUUCACGAGAGGAAGAUUGAGGUGAUGGAGAACUCCUCCAUGGCAGAAGGAGACUCUUCAAAUGGCAAAACCAGCAACGGGGACGUUGCUGCAGGUGCCAAGCUACUAAACGGUGGGAAGUGCGUGGAGCCUAAUCUACCUCCAUAUAACUCAGGGAACAGCCAGGGAGUCCUCAACGGCCCACUGACGGAGAAUGCUUCCUCCAAUGGGAAGCAGGCUCUCUCUCCAGGCCCGAACGCUCCGCUGGAGGGAAACCCGGACCCCAAAAAGACCCUGGUCAACGGGGUGUGUGACUUUGAGCGAGGCGAAAGCGGCGGAAACUUUAACAAAAACAUUCCAAAUCACAUUGCUUCCAAACAGUACUUGGGGAACGGGGAGGUGGGCGCCUCUGAAAAGACUGCAGAUCAGAGUCUCCCCAGUCCCCCCCCUUCCCAGCAGGACACUGCCAAAGCCCAGCAGGCGGAGCGCCUGGCCAACGGCCCCCAUGCAGCGGUUCGCCGGCCCUCUGCGGAGUUAACCAAUGGGCCUCUAGGCCCAGGGCACGGCGUGCCAGCUCUACGGCAGCAGCUGCUCCCCAACUCCUCGCUGCCCGCCGUCCCGGCCAACGGAGUGGCCUCAGAGCCCCGGGGCCUGAAGAGGCCCGCCGAGAACGAGGACCGCAGCACAGGAACGGCUCCCUCCGGGAUCCCCAGCAAAGUGGGAGUGCGGAUCAUCACCAUCAGCGACCCCAAUAACGCCGGCAGCAGCUCCACCAUGGUAGCGGUGCCGGCAGGAACGGACCCAAGCACAGUAGCCAAAGUAGCAAUAGAGAACGCCACUCAGCAGAGGAACUGCUCGCCUACACAAGCGGCUGGAUCCACGCCGGCUGUAACCCCGCCCCCAGCUCCCUCAUCGCAGCCCGCAACAGCAGGUAACCACAGCCCGCACCUCCUGGCGCAGCAGACCUCCACCGCACCGUCGGAACCGGGCAGGAAAGCAGGGCAGAACUUCAAAUGCCUGUGGCAGUCCUGCAAACGGUGGUUCGAGACGCCGUCUCAGGUGUUUUACCACGCAGCGACGCAACAUGGAGGCAAAGAGGUGUAUGGAGGCCAGUGUCUGUGGGAGGGGUGCGAGCCUUUUCCCCGUCAGAGACUGUCCUUCAUCACACAUCUGCAGGAUAAACACUGUUCGCGAGAGGCUCUGCUGGCUGGACUCAAACUGGAGGAGCAGCAGGCGCAAAGUCCCAAUCAGACAUCUUCCCAGACGCCGCCAGCAGCAGGCAGCACUCCGGCUCAGCGGGCGCCGAAAGCAAUCGUCAAUCAUCCCAGCGCAGCUCUCAUGGCCCUACGCAGAGGUUCUCGAAACUUGGUCUUCAGGGACUUCACAGAUGAGAAGGAGGGACCAGUGACCAAACACAUACGACUAACUGCUGCCUUAACAUUAAAGAACAUCGCCAAGCACUCCGACUGUGGUCGCAUGUUGGUAAAAAGGCAUGAGACGCACCUCUCAGUGCUGGCGUUAAGUAACAUGGAGGUCUCCACCACGCUCGCCAAAUGCCUUUACGAACUCAAGCGCUCGCUUCAGGCUUAACGCCAGAGGGACGACCCCUACCAUCCUCUGGUCCCGCUCCUGAGGAGAGAGGAGCGAGGGGCCGGUGAGCAGUAGCUGGUCCAUGUGUUGAGGGACGGGGGGAGCAGAGGAGGGGGAACCAGGACAAAGUUCUGCAGCUUCCACCUCCACCCCUAAACGUCCGUUCAAUCCCUCACCUUCUUCCUCGGCGACCUGUGUAAAACCCGCUCUCUACCAUCACACACAGAAAGAGGGGGGGAGGAAAAAAAAAACUGCCUUUGGGGAUCUUCCACCAGCUGCCCACCAGGGGGAGCUCUUUUUGAGACUGCUUCCCUGAGGGACUCCACUGACAAAACCCCAAACAUGAGCACAUUUAGUUUGAGUAAGUUUUUCCCCCCCUGUUUUUUUUUUUUUUUUUUUUUUUUUUUUUAGUCCAUCCCAUAAAACAAUAGUGUGUUGGAGCUUUGGGUGAAGGGCAGGAACAGGGCGGGGCCUGGAAGGGGCGGGGCUACAAAAGGUUCUCACAGGGUUGGGUGGAAGGAGGACUCAGCGACUGGAGCAGAGAAAUUUUUCUUUAGAAACUCGGUAGCUUGGUUUUCUUACUUGAGUCAAUAUAUUUUCACUUAUUUAUUAUCAAAAUGAAUACCAUUACAAUGAAUAAAAAAAAGAAUCUUGUAAAUAUGUUGUGAAUAUAUAUAAAGAAGAUCCUUUGAUGCCGAUGCAGCCACUGGAGAACAUGCUCUGUGGGGUAAUAGAAGCAUUACUUUGACAGGAUUUAAUAAAGUAGUAUGUUUGUUUUUUGUUAUCUUGCUUUUUUUUUUUAUGAUCCUUGGUCACUUGUAUCUAAUGUGAUUCUAUACUCAGCAGUGGAUGAAUGUACUUAAAAACUUGUAAAUAAUUCUGCAAAGGUACUGAUGCUGUAAAGCUAAGGGAUGGGGGAAAAAACAGUUUUUUGUGGAACUGUGACAUUUUUUGUAUUAUAAUACCUUGUAGAACUCAUUUUGCUGGCUGAAAGAGUAUGGAAUAAUAUAUCUCAUGUCAUUUUGUAGAAGAAAAAAAAAAUAUUGAAGGUAUUCCCCUCUCCCUAUGCCCUCACACACCCCCCUUCUCCCCAAAAACACGUGCACACACACGAGGAGCAUAUAAUCCACUGUAAACGUUUUUUUUUUUUUUUUUCUUUUUGUCAUCGUACGGGCAUGGGGCGCGUACCAAAAAAAUUUUUUUUGUAUUUGUAAAUUGGUUUAAAUACAUGGAGUUUUUAUACAGGUUUUCUCCUGUGUUCUUUGCUUUACGUGCAGGUAUGAUAUUUUCUUCACUACUUUUUUCUAUCUUAAUAUAGUGUGGAGUUUUAUUGUACUAUUUUUUCAUUCUUACUACCAUGCCACAUUCCGGCUCACGUCCUCAGACUGUCCUCUCUCUACCGUGUGUUGUGUAACAUUUUUGACUGCCUGUCGUAUUAGCAUCUGACCGGGGCGACCCCAACCAUCUUCAUUUCUGCGGUGUCAGUAGGAUGUGUGACUAUACAUAGACCUAACAGUCUGUUAGAGAUUGGCUUUAUUUACUUUGGUGACUGUUUAUAGUUUUUAAAUAAAACACUGAACAUUUUGCCUGGG